UAUGCCAGAUUAUAUUGAAUUUGCCAAAAAAUAUAAGGAUACAUGCAAAUGCUAAUUUAUAUACAUAAAAGAGGCUCAUUUUAUUGAGACAGAUGAGAAAGGCAAAUUCGUUGAUGGAUGGCCAAGAGGAUAUUUUGGUUUUGAAUAUCCUUAACAUAAGAGCCAAGAAUAACGAUUUAAAAUGGCAUAAAUACUCAAAACUAAAUAUAACAUUCCAGAUGAGUUCCCUAUAUAUCAAGAUAUCUAUCCUUAAAACCUAUUUGAUGAAUCAUUUGGUAUAUGGCCAGAUAACUUAUGUGUUUUUAAAAACAGUUAAUUAAUUUAUCGAGGUAUAAUAAAUUUGGAUGGAACUAGGAAUGCAAGCUAUUCUAAAGAAUUAGAAGAAUUGCUUGAUAAUUUUAAAUAUUGAAGUUUUCUUCUAAAGAAAAUGCAUUUAAAAAUGAAUUUCUACAUAUGAAAUAAAGUUCAACAGAUGUGGAAAGGAAGCUGAAAUUAAAUAUAUUUUCUUUAUUUAAAUUUUCGACUAC